CCAAGAUGGCGGCUCCUCUUCUCUCUCAGGAGGAAGAACAACGACACGAUGACGGUGCACACCAUGUGUCAUAACCCCGCCCUGCCACUAGAGGGCGUGGACCCCCGCCUGCUGCUCAACUUCACCUCCAGGGAGUGUCACAUGGUCCCCCAGCCGGCCGAGGGCGGGGCCAUGAUGGUCUGCGGUUGCCGGGGGGAACACGAGUGCAACGACAAACUCAUCUUCGACAAGGGAGCUCACGGGUUCUCCAAGCUGCAGAGUAAAGAUCUGAUCCCGGUGGUGGUGGUGAGUCUGGUGCCUCCGGUCCUGGUUGCCAUAGUCGCCACCGCCGCCUUCUACUUCUACCGGACGCACCGCCCGGACAAACCGGGCCCUCCUGCCCGCCCCGCCUGGCCCACCAAGCGCACCCCAGAGCUGUACCGGGCCUUCGACCUGCCAUGUGGCGGCCUGGGGGCUCGGGGGGAGGGCGGGGGUGGAGGCCAGACGGGGGAGCCACACCCCAAGGUGUCAUCGCCCAACAGCGACAUGCCGGACCGGCGGGGGACGCCGGCGGACCUGCUGCCCAUACAGCUGGAGGUCCUGGUGGGGAAGGGUCGCUUCGCUGAAGUGUGGAGGGCGCGCCUGCUGCAGGGCGUGGCGGGUGGAGUCAACAGCUACGAAACCGUGGCGGUGAAGGUGUUCCCGGCUGUGGAGUACGCCUCGUGGCGAAACGAGUGCUCCAUCUACGCCGACGCCAAGCUGGAGCACGACAACGUGGUUCGGUUCCUGGCGGCGGAGGAGAGGGGCCCCCCUGUCAGGGAGUACUGGCUAGUGCUGGCCUAUCACGGCCUCGGGAACCUGCAGGACUUCCUCACGGAAAACACACUCAGCUGGGAGGAACUGGUUGCCAUGGCAGCGAGCAUCGCCAGAGGGGUAGCUCAUCUCCAUAGCGACACAACGCCCAGCGGUGUACCGAAG